AUGAAAAUUGGAGGUCAACUCAAGGUUGGGGGCACAAUAGUAUGUGUUUCUGGAGCUAUACUAAUGGUUUUGUUCAAGGGACCAUCUAUAUUUGAAGAGGAUGUCACUGAAUUGUUGCACGAAGCAGCGGUGGCGAAUGAUUUAAUUGUCGGGGCACAACCAGAACCUGCUGGAGGGUUGAUUUCGGGUUUGUUGGGUAUUGGUCUUACCAAGUUUCACAUUGGGAUGCUCUGCUUGAUUGGGAACUGCUUUUGUAUGGCUGUUUAUCUAUCCUUCCAGGGGUAUUUAGAUGUUUCACAAUGGGAUGUUCUGCUUGAUUGUGGAUUAUGCCGGUACCUCUAUCCAUCUGAUGACAGUUAUUGGCUAGUUGAUAACUUACUAAGUAAAAUCUAUGUUGAAGAUAUUCAGAGUUACUAUUCGGCUCCGCUGCUACUGAAGUAUCCGACCAGUCUUUCAGUGACUGCAUACUCAUACUUUUUUGGUGCAAUGUUUAUGGUUAUUGCUGGAAUAUCUGCCACCGAUGGAAAUACUGGAGACAACAUCUUCAUAUCGAAUGUUGGAGAUUCUCGUGCGGUGUUAGCAACAGCUUCUGACGAUGGCACGUUGGUUCCAGUUCAGCUUACAAUGGACUUCAAGCCAAACUUACCACAGGAGGUAGAACGGAUAAUGCAUUGCAACGGAAGGGUGUUUUGCUUAGACGAUGAACCAGGUGUGCAUAGAGUAUGGUUACCAGCUGAGGAAAAACCUGGAUUAGCAAUGUCAAGAGCCUUGGGAGAUUUCUGCGUCAAAGACUUUGGUGUUAUUUCAGUUCCUGAAGUCACGCAAGGGAGUAUAACCAGUAAAGACCAGUUCAUUAUCCUUGCCACCGAUGGGGUAUGGGAUGUUAUCUCAAAUCAAGAAGCAGUUCAAAUUGUUUCUUCAACACCGGAUAAACGUAAAGCAGCUAAAAGAAUAGUCGAAUGUGCCGCACGCGCAUGGAAACGUAAAAGACGAGGAACAACUGCAGAUGAUAUUUCUGCUAUUUGCCUUUUUUUCCACCCUUAUGCGUCCACCGUCUCGAAAGUCUGAAGUCUCAAAUACUGUACUAAAUUGUAAGCUUUGGGUUAGGCAAUUGUCUGGGUUAGGGCCAUGUUCCCAUUCUAUGUCACUAUUCAGAAGGCAAAAAGGGCCUUCAGUCUCAAUGCCAUUCCCAUUCU